GUGUUUUCAAUAUCUUGAUAAAGAAUUUAUGUUUUUAUAUGAUGAGAAAUUAGUGUUAAAAAUAUAUUGGAUACUAAAUACAACGCAGGUUAGAAGCCCCAGUAUUCAUGAUACAUGUAUUCUUUUUACAAUAUAGUGGCAACAAAGAAAUAUUUAAUGGACAAAAAAGCACAACUUUAUCAAUAAUCUUGCGAAUUCUUAUAUCUUAAACCCGCAUUACCAUCUGACAUGGCAUCAAAACAAAUUCAAUGUGAAAUAUGCUUCAAAGAAUAUGCAGUCGGAUAUUGCAAAACCUGCGGACACAUUGGAGACGCUUGCGUUGACAUUCACAACACAGGAAAGGUGUUUCAAACACAUUCUGUCAUUAUGCAUGAGGCUGUCAACGUGCAUGAGGAUGAUAGAGAAAAUCCAAAGGUCAUCAUUCGGGACGUCUCAGAAGAAAGAUGUAAGCAGCAUGCGACUGAGAGAGCUAUAUUUCUUUGCACAAGACAUGAUACCAUGAUUUGUGGCAGAUGUCUUCAUUCGGAACAUCUUUCUUGUGGGAAAGAAGUUGUUGACUUGCUGCGUGAAGUAGGCAGCAUCGACUGCGAGAAGGUUAACACAAUGAAGUCACUGUUGAUGGAGGUUAAAAACGAAAUUUUGCUUUUGAAAGAUGACGCAGAGAAUAGCAAGGAGAACUUCAAAACUAAUGCUGAUAACUGUGCACAGGAAUGUAUGGAAUUAGGUAUUAAAAUUAAACAACGUGUAGAUGAAUUGACAAAUGUCCUAAUAGAUGAGAUAACAAAGAAGCACAAUGAAAACGAGAGCACCUAUUCCCGUAUUACUAGGACGUAUAAUGAGAAAAUCACAUGGUGUGAAAAUGAAGAAAGAAAGAUUGAUCAAUUUGUUCACAAUAAUAUGGCUGGGUACCUGUACCUACUUAGUAGAAAAUUUGAUAAAGGGGUUUCGGACGUUAGAUCCAACCUGAGAGAAAUCAAACACAAACACACUUUUAAAAGAUUUGAAUUUAAAGAAAACAGAGUUAUUCUGAAAUGUGUGUUUGAGGACUUGGAGGAUGUUUGUGAACAUCAAGACGAAGUUACUGGGAGUGACGAUGGAAGUGUUAACGAUGUUUUCGAGCCCACUACAGAAAUACAAAAGACAAGGAGGGAGCUCACUGCACUGUCACAUAACGCCAAAGAAUAUUUGGAUAAAUCAAUAAAGGAACGACUGACUGUCGAGGCUGAGUUAAAAAGAACGAAAGCAGACUUGAAUCGAGUUGAAAAGGAAAGAGCAAUAGUCCAGACGAAAUGGACAACAAUCAAAGAAUUAUUCAACUGGACACAGCCCAGUGGAACAGUUCAGGUCAACCGCGACUAUGAAGUCGUUCAUCCAAUCAUGAAGUUGAUAUUUACAUUUCCGGAAGGCAUCCAAACGAGUCACCAUCCGUCCCCGGGAAAAUCGUAUAAAGGCGGCACGUUCAAAGGAUAUUUGGCCAACAACAGUGAGGGCUUGGCAGUAUGCAUGGCGUUGAAGGCGGAGUUCAGUACAGGACGGAUGUUCACUGUUGGGAAGAAUGGGAAAAUUGUCCCAAAUGGGGUCUCAUUGUACGAUCAUGCAGUGUAUGAAUACAGUGAACUAGUUGGAUUAACUGGAAGUAAACGUGCCUCCUACGUUGCAUACAUUCAGAAGGUGAAAGCGGAGCUUGCAGACAAAGGCAUAACAGAGGCCGGCACAGAUCAGAUGAAACAUCUUGAAGAAACAGUAACUGUCGAUGGACUAGCUUUGCUCCAAGCUGCACUAAGUUCUUAAAGGAGCUGAUGGUGGGGUUGGCGGACUAGGUCAUCACAGAGGCGAAUGUAGAUCCUAAAGGACUUUUCAAAAGAGACAUUUUCGGUCGAUUGUCCGAAUCUUUCAUAACAUUACUGUUGUGGAAUUUCUCUCUCCCCAUGAUAUGUUGUUGGAACACAUUACGUGCAUUGUCAACUGUGUUGUACAGAGUUGUUCCUUAUAUUAUAAACAGGGUGUGAUAACUUAUUUUAUAUCUGUGACAAAGUUCUGCAUUUUGAGAUUAUUUUAUUUGUCGGGUGAUAAACGUUCAAAUGAGUAACAUUCAGAAAGCAGUUUAAAAAAUAAUUUCGAAUUUGUUUGGUAAAGAUAGCAAAACAAACAUCAGAAAACAUAAGAUAAUCAUGAAGAUAUUCCUCGUGUCCAUUCAACACGAUUUGCGUCGUAAUAUUUGUUUUGAUUAAAAAUAAAAGGUGCAUUCAUAUUAGCAUUUUUAAAACAUCUAUCCAUAUAAACAUAUGCGUUUAAAUGAUUCAAAAUUAUUUUUUAAAUUAUUAAAAUCUAUUGUCAGUAUUUGCUUAGAAUGUUAC